ACCCCCGACUCCACCUCUCCAGCCACUCCGCGAUUCUGGGCUCUCUUUCUCGGCUUCUCUUUCCCUUCCUAGCUUGGAUUUUCCCCAUUUGCGCAAUCCGGGGUGAACUGAGUGAACGGAGUCUGGGAACGGCAUUCCUGGGAAAACGGUUUUGAUUUCAUUUGCGAAGAUCAGGAUCCGUGAUCCUUCCCGGCUGCCGGCUCCACAGCCUCCUUCUUCCCCCAGAAUACAACCGCAGCUCGGGGCCCAGUCCUACCAACACCCCUCAGGUCCCCACCUCCCUUCCUCCGCAUCCCUGACUCCCCCGGAGGAGAACAGAAAGCGGGAGGAGACGAUGAUAGACCCCGCGGAACCGACACCCUGCGCUGCAAAGAUGUGAAAACAAAAUAAGUUAAUCUUAACAGCAAUGCUUCUGAACCAGUGUACCUUAUUUAUUGGAUUACUAUUAUUCCUGCCCUGGGAGUCCAUCUGCCUUGUAUCUUCAUACACCAUGAUGGAAAUGUCAUUGUACAAUUGCACUUUGAUGAUUACAUCUCGUAAUUUUCAGCACAUUUCAUCUUGGAAAUUAAACAGACGUCCUACUAUACCAAUUCGCUAUACUGUGACUUACACAACUAUGAGUACUAAUGACGAAUGGAAGACCUUUGAAAGUUGCACAAAUAUCACAAAAUUAUCAUGUAACAUGACAGAUAUUGAAGAAACCAAUGAAACCUACCUUGUCAAUGUAAUAGGCUUCAAUGGAACAGAAAAAUUAGUUGAAUGUGAUCACAGUUUCAUUCCCAUAAUGACAAUUUUAGAUCCACCAGAAGUUAGUAUUUUUGGUUUUAAGGAUACAAUUAAUGUUACCGUGCAUUACCCAGCAUCCUUAUCUAAGAUAAAGAAUAAAGAAAAAGAAUUUUAUUCAUCAGAAGUCAUUAUUAAAGUGCAAUCACAUGAUGCUUUACCCCAGAAUCUAGAAGUUGAUAUGGAUGGCAGAGAAAGUGUAACUACCAUAAUUGACUCUCUGAUUCCAAAUUCAAAUUACUGUAUAUCUGCUUACUGGAAUAAUCAGCUUUCUGAGAAUGAUGUAAUACAAUCUCCCUUAAAAUGUAUCAUGCUUUCUCCUAGCCAAGAAUCAGGUUCAGAAAAAAACAUUAUAAUACAAUUCAUACUUGCUACAUGUUUAGUCAUCAUCUUACUAAUAAUCUUUGUGAUGUUCCUGAAAAAAACAGGAUAUAUAUGCAGAAAAAAACCAGAUUCUCUCAAAGUGUUGGAUUUCCCAGCUGUCAUACCUGGCCCACUUCAGCUGUCUUAUGUGGAAGUCACAAGGGCAAACAUCAUUUACAAGACCAAGAAGAAAAAAAUGUGUGAUGACAGUGAUGACAAAAGUGAUAGUGACUGUGAAUCAACUCCUUAAAUAGAAAAUAACUACACCAUGAUGGCUUUAACCUGUAGAUCUCUAAGUCAGGACUCCAAUUUCACCUGUAAAGAAUAUAAUUCCACUGAUUCAUACCCAAAGGAACCUGACCCAGAGGUUGACCCUCUUCCAGCUGACACAGAUAGUGCUAUAUCAUGUCAAUUAAAGACUGGGUCAGAUGAAAGUAGAGUGUGCCAUAUCUGGAGACACCAUUCUGAAGAUAGCAACUUUUCUUCUAAGUCAGAAGAUUGUUUUAAUUUUAAUGUGAAUUUAACACUGUAUUUGUGGGAAAUCCCUGGAGAUGAUGAAGCAUCAGAAGAAGAUGCUGCUCAGAUAUUGCCUGUGCAAGAAGAUAAAAUCAACUUAGUGGAUUCCGAUGGCAUUGAAUUAAAACAUAUAACUCAUGCUACAGCACUUUUCCAUGUCCCCUCCAAAGAAUACCUCUGGUCUGAAAAUGCUUCCUCUGAUGAAAGUGUUACUUCAGAGUCAGAUGUGAACCUAGGGGAUGGUUAUAUAAGAAGAUGAAUCCUGAUAAGUUAAAACUUACAGACAUUAAGAAAUAUAGGAUUCUGGGCAGCUAGGUGGUGCAGUAAAUAAAGCACCGGUUCUGGAUUCAAGAGUACCUGAGUUCAAAUCUAGCCUCAGACACUUGACACAAACUAGCUGUGUGACCCUAGGCAAGUCA